AUGAAAAAGAAGCCAUGCGAUUGGAGAGCGAACCGAAAUAAAUACUUUGCGAAGGACUUGACGCUAAAGCAACUGGACAAUGGUAAGCUAGUAAAGGCCCUCAAAGGCUCAAAGUGUGUAAAAACUUUCUAUGUUGCUGCGACUCUGGCUGCGGUCGAAGAUUACAACCCGACUACCUACCUGCCCUUUGACAAGCGCGAUUCCAACCUUGCUAGCGAAAAUCAUAACCCGAAUGUCAAAACUACGUUAAAAAUUAAGCCUAUCACCAGCGGCUUGCGCUCGACUAUUAAGUACCUACGCGCCCGUGAUGGCAGCCGGUGGUAUUUGCGUGGGUAUUGCAUGUAUCUAGCCUUUAUAUGGCUCGAGCUGGGCAUCGGUAUAUUUGUUCCAAGGAUCAUUCCGACUCCUGUUCGCACCCACUCUCUUCUCUCUGCAAUUUUAGGAGGGUUCGUUACUAGCAUGCUCCUAGCCACCUGGCAGAUGGCCUGGGAGCAUAAUGUCAUUGCCCAGAAACCCCCUAAAUGGAAUUACCGGCGAAUGCUUGGUCUUCGCAACUGGCGUAGGAUUGCGCCUGCGGCAGCUCUAUACAAUCUUAUCAUCUGUGGGGCUUUCUAUCCGCUUGGUUCUUACCUACAACCUUUUGGAUUCAGCUUUGGCCUUACCGUUGUGGGCGUUGUUACCAAUCCGCAACCUAAUGACUUGUUCAGUUUUCUGGUCCCCGUCAGGCCAGUGGAUAUGAUCAUUCCAUUGAUUUCCAUUCCCGCUAGGGCAAUCUUCAUCCGAGUGGCUGCCUCUAUGCUGCCCGAGGAGAACGACUCGAUUGUGCCCUUUGACCGCCAGUUUGGGGGCAACGUGAGACCACACAAAUUGGAUGGCAGCAGCAAGCUCGGGAUAAAGGAUGCCUGGACAACCUUCGAAUGGGAUGCUAUGAUUCACUACACCAAAGUCGCUCUAACGGCGAUUGCUAUCGACCUUGCACUUGCCAUUGUUGGGCUUCUUCUAGUAUUUGGUGAGAUGAUGUUGCUGAUGCCCACGAGCAAGAGUCCCAUCUCCCGCUCUUUGAAGCUCCGGAGUGCAUCUAGAACGUCACUACUUCCGAUAUCUUAUUGA